AAUAUAGGUCGUCUCUACAAGAGCGGCCGAGGCGUGGAGAAAAACAUCGACACGGCGAUCGAAUGGUUCACAAAGGCGGCCGAUAAGGGUCACGUCUCCGCACUAAACAGUAUCGGCACUCUCCACUACGAAGCAGGACGAUACAAGGAGGCGUUCCCGUGGUUCUCACAAGCGGCCAUUCGAGGCGAAGUCAUGGCAGAGCAUAACAUCGGAUUAUGCUACAAACUUGGAAGAGGCGUGACGAAGGACAUCCCCAAGGCCAUCGAGUGGUUUACGAAGGCCGCGGAGAAGGGCUUCGCUGAAUCGAUAAACAGGCUCCGCGAACUCAACCAACCUGUGGCAUAA